CAGCUUCCCUGUGUGCUAUGCUGGCUUUGGGUUUUGAGAAAACUAAUGGAAUCUAAGAUUCGGUGCCUGCCAGGAUGCUGAAGGUCUCUGCCCUCAUCACUCUCCUCUGUGGGCUUCUCGCCUCCACCUCUGCUCAAUACCACCAGUACGGCGUGACAUCCCAGCUCCUUGAUGAUUUGACCCAGGGACUCCUAGGCGAGGGCCUUCUUUCCGGCCUCCAGACAUUUGACCUCCAGGGACAACUGUCAAAAGUCCUGGGCUCUGUCUCUGGCCUCCUGGGCAAGUUGGGAAAUAGUGGCGUCAGGGUAAGACUGAUAGACCCUCGGCUCCUUUCCGUCUCCUUCAAGAGCAAUCCUGAUAGCAACAACGCCCAAGUGUCCAUUCCAUUGGAAUAUUCUGUGGAAGUUAAAUUGCUAGGCGUGCCUAGCCACAAAUUUACUGUGCGAGCAAAUAUGAGCGUCAGUGUUUAUUUGAAGAAGGAUUUGAAUGGCAAAUACCAAAUCGGCCUUGAGAACUGCAGAAUCCUGCCUGAGUCUGUGGAGAUCCACUCUGAUGCCUUAAAACUCCCAACUGCAGCUACACAACUUGCCAGCAUUGAGAAAAUUGUGGAAAACCUGACAAUCCAGAAUUUGGGAGCUAAAGGUAGUCUGUCACCCAUGUCCAUCUACCUGUGA